UUGUCCUUGGUAUUCGAGGAGAUUGAAUGCAAACUCGGUCUGGAAUACUGAAGUGACUGUGAAAAUGGAGUCCACGUACUGGCUACUUGCGGUUGCGGUGGUGAUGUCGAUGUCCUACGUUUCUGUUGAAGGCACUCCGGGUUCUAACUGUACAGGCAAUGCAAAAAGUUGCGCUGACAAUGAGACAUGUUCUGACCCAACAUGUGUAACUAGAGAAUACAACGAUGGUUGCCUAUUUCCCGUUAAGUGUCUUUUUGGGCUACUUGCUUCGGACACCUGUGGACAUUCCAUGAAAUGUGUCUGCGUGGCCACAUUCUCCGUGUAUGUGAAAAUUUCCAGCAAUGGAUCCUGUACAUGGGGGAAUUUGGGAGACAAGGGCGUCUGUGACAACACUACAGGCAAAUGUGCCUGCACUACAGGUUACUCGUGGGAGGCGGAGAAAUGCAAAGCCAAUGGAUACGGCCAUGCUUGCACUGCCAACGAGGACUGUAAAUCGGGGAAUUUAGGAGACAAGGGCGUCUGUGACACCACCACUAGGAAAUGUGCCUGCAUAACAGGUUACUCGUGGGAGGCGGAGAAAUGCGCAGCCAAUGGAUACAACCAUACUUGCAGCAAUGAGAAUGACUGUCAGUCAGGGAAUUUAGGAGACAAGGGUGUCUGUGACAACACCACUAAGAUGUGUGACUGCAAUGACAGCUACUCCUGGAAAGGGGACAACUGCACAGCCAAUGGGUACAACGAUGCUUGCAAUACCACUCCGGACUGUCAACUAGGGAGUUUAGGAGAGAAUGGCACCUGUAACAUCGCCACCAAGAUGUGUCACUGCAAGGACGGCUUCUUCUGGGAAGUGGAUAUGUGCAAAGCUAAUGGUAAUGGAAUUUAUUUCAUAUAUAAAGUUUAG